AUGGUACACGAAAAGAAAGCUCUGAAUCGCCCGCCGACGCGUAAGUUGGUACGUUGGAAUGAUGAUCUCGAUAAGCUACUCCUUCUCACUAUCCAAUCUGUCUGCAACAGGGAAGGUGUGAAGAUCCCUUGGGCAGAGGUGGCCAAGUCUAUGGGAAACAAUGUCACUGAGGGAGCAAUCAUUCAGCAUCUUGCCAAGUUGCGUGUUCGACGUGUCGAGAAAAACAAGCAAGUGCCUCCUCCUUUACGUCGCGGUGGUGGUCCGUCUGGUGCUUCCAGGUCACCAGAUGCUCCCGUGACGCCUGUCUCUCCACAGUACGCAGAAGCCGUGACAGAGCGCCGGGUGAGCCAGCAGAACCAGCCUGAAAUAAAGAAAGAGAAGCGUAGCUUCAGCAAUGUCAGAGAUGAGGUUUCAGACAGCGACGAGGACUGGACCUCCGAUAGCCCUAGUAAAAACAAAAAAGCCAAAAAGAAACGUCCCCAGAAGAAACGGAAGACCACCCCUAUGGAGCUCGAGCAAUCCUUCGAAGAGAUUAAUCUUGAGGAUGAUGCCACAGAAGGUGUUGCCGGUGCCUUCCAGAGAAGCGAUGAGUUGGUGGCCGUGGGUGCCAACUAUCUUGAGUUUCUCGGUGACAGCAGCAAAGCGCAAGACGAUGAUCAUGCAGCUGCUCUUAGCGAGGAUGAAGAUCAGCUAGAGACCAAGGAAUCGUUGGUCAUCACACUCAAACCUGGUACCAACAACAUGCGUCGGCUGAAGUACAAGGGGACUGGUGUAUUCCAAGACAGAAACCCUGAACAGCGGUGGGAGUUGCCUCCACCUGGUCCAAACGGUCAAAGCUGGGGCUUCAGCAGGGACUAUUAUGGGCCAAUCCCUCAGUCCGCUCAGCACUCAAAUAACCCUGGUCUACUCCGCGGAGAGUGGCCAAUUGAAGUCGCCAUGAGACAAUAUGAAGCACCUCAAGCAGUGACGUGGUCAAACGAGACUUACCAUCCAGACCCAAGACUUGUACAUCCAGCCAUGGUUCUAGAGGAUCCGAACUGCAAGCCUCAAUUGAAGUUCCAUCGCAAGUUGCGCGCCGCCGAAGAGGCAAAUGCCGAAGCUCGUGCCCGCGACCAAGCACAGCCAGCAUAUCAAGUGUACGUCAACAAACACAGGGAACUUCCAAGCUAUGGCGAAUCAAGUUGGACCGCUCUCGUCACGAAUCCAUCCCAGACUCUAUCCAACAGUUUUCAUACUUCUCUCCCCCAAACUGAAGGACGAUUGGAUACCCGUCAAUUCUUGGAUCCCCAAAACUCUGGAACAAAUGAUAACCUAAUGGAUCAUUACAAUGAGGUGCCGCCUGGUAAGAUUUUUGCUAUUGAAAUGCUUGGCGAUAAUAUCGUCGAAGAAGCAAAAGAAUUGGACUGGUGGUAA